AUGGCGGCGCAGCAACGCUCGGUGGUCCUCCCCGUGCGCGCGCUCGACGGCCGCGCCACGUCCGUGCGCCUGCCCGCCACGGCCUCCGUGCGGGACCUCAAGGCAACGCUGCGUGUCUGCUUCCCUCCCGCGCAGGACGCCCCGGCCUUCCACCUCUUCCUCCUCGGCGGCAAGCUCCUCCUGGACGCCAAGCUCGCCAACCUCUCACUCGCCCGGGGCGAGUUCGUCUCCCUCAUCCCCUUCACCGGCAAGCCCGCCGUGCUGCCGACGGCGAGCGCCAAUCCGAACCCACGCGCCGGCCCCCCUGUGUUCUCCGCGGCCAAAAGGAGUAAGUUUUCUUCGUCUUUGAUGUGGCGCGGGGAGGAUGUGUACGCCAAGAUCGCCGGGGUGCCCGUCCACGACCCGGCCUCGCCGUCCUUCUACUGCCACGGCGUGGAGCCGCUGGACCCUGCUCGGAUGGUGGAGCACCUCAAGCAGGGGCUCGGGAAGCACGGCCAGAUCAGGCACGUCCAGGAGAUCCCCGGCAGCGAGGCGUCCUUUUGCCCGCUCCCGUCUCACCUCUCGAAGCCCACCAGGGAGGCGCUCAGGGCCAUCGGAGUGACGAGGCUGUACAGCCACCAGGCCCAGGCCAUCGCCUCCGCCGCCUCCGCGUCCGGCAAGAGCAAGCACGUGGUGGUGUCCACCUCCACGGCCAGCGGCAAGUCGCUGUGCUACAACGACCAGCUCAAGACGCUGCGGGGGAUGGUGAAGGGCGCCGGCGACCUCGGCGACGUCGUCAGCAUCUACGACAGCGACACCCCGAUGAAACACCGCGCAAGGAUCAGGGACGGCGCGAGGCUGCUCAUCACCAACCCGGACAUGCUGCACGUCUCGAUCCUGCCGUGCCACGCGCAGUUCCGGCGGAUCCUGUCCAACCUCGAGUACGUCGUCAUCGACGAGGCUCACUCCUACAGGGGCGCCUUCGGCUGCCACACCGCGCUCAUCCUCCGGCGGCUGAAGCGCGUGUGCGCGGACGUGUACGGGAGCCACCCGACCUUCGUAUCCUGCACGGCGACACUGGCGAACGCCCGGGAGCGCGUCACGGAGCUCGCCGGCCUGGACGCUGACGACGUCGAGCUCGUGCAGAACGACGGCAGCCCUUGCGGGUCCAAGCACUUCCUCCUGUGGAACCCGUCGGUGUCAAGGCAAGGGAGGUGCCCGAGCGCAGCGCAGGAGGUCUCCCACCUCUUCGCCGAGAUGGUCCAGCACGGGCUCCGGUGCAUCGCCUUCUGCAAGACGAGGAAGCUCUGCGAGGCCGUGCUGGCGCGCGCGCGCGAGAUCCUCGAGGAGACCUCGGCGGAGCUCGCGGACACCAUCUGCGUGUACCGCGGCGGGUACGUCGCCGAGGACCGGAGGAGGAUCGAGGCCGGCCUCUUCGGCGGGACGCUCCGCGGCGUGGCGGCGACGAACGCUCUCGAGCUCGGGAUCGACGUCGGCGGCAUCGACGCGACGCUGCACCUCGGGUUCCCCGGGAGCAUGGCGAGCCUGUGGCAACAGGCCGGGCGUUCCGGGCGGAGGUCGAAGCCGUCCAUCGCCAUCUAUGUCGGCCUCGACGGCGCGCUGGACCAGUACUUCAUGAGCUUCCCGCACAAGCUGUUCGGCAAGCCGGUGGAGCACUGCCACGUCGACUCUCGCAACCGCAAGGUCCUGGGGCAGCACCUCGCCUGCGCCGCUUUCGAGAAGCCGCUGUGCCCGGAGCACGACGCUAGGCACUUUGGUCCCGGCAUGGACGGUGCCAUGGUGACCCUGAGAGAUCAGGGCCACCUGACGAACACGAACACGAACAGUUCCGAUCAGUCAGGCGUGUGCAAGUACGUCGGGCCUGACAAGAACCCUGCUCGCGCGGUGAGCAUACGAGCGAUCGAGCACGACAGGUACAAGGUGGUGGACAAGCAGGGCUACCGGGUGCUGGAGGAGAUCGAGGAGAGCAAGGCUUUUGUUCCAGGUGCACGAAGGCGCCGUGUACAUGCACCAGGGCGUCAGCUACUUGGUCGAGCAGCUGGAUCUGUCGACGAGGACGGCGUGAGGUUCGACAGGAUAUGGAAAUCGAACGACCAGAUGUCCGACAGCAUCGAACUGGACCUGCCUCCCUACUCCUUCCACACGCAAGCGGUCUGGGUGAGCGUUCCCGUGGCGGUGAAGGCGGCCGUGGAGCAGAGAGGGCUGGGGUUCGACGGCGGCGUGCAGGCGGCGUCGCACGCGCUGCUCACCGUCCUGCCGCUGCGCAUGAUGUGCGCCGCCUCCGACCUCGGGACGCGGUGCGCCGCCGCGGCGGCGCGCGGGAGCUGGAGCGGGAGCGGAGCUCCGGGUGAUGGUGGUGACAGGGCGCCCUGGGUCCUGCUGCUGUACGACAAGCACCCCGGCGGCAUCGGCCUGGCGGCGCAGGUGGAGCGCCUCUUCGGCGAGCUGCUGGUCGCGGCCCUGCAGCUGGUCUCGGCGUGCGGCUGCGCCGGCGCGGAUGGCUGCCCGAGCUGCGUGCAGUCGUUCGCGUGCGGCGGGCACAACAGGAACCUGGAUAAGCUGGCGGCGGUCCUGAUUCUGAGGGGAGUGAUUGAGAACGAAAGCGGCGGCGGCGGUUCUCGGCGGAGGCGAUGA